AUGACUGAGGCAAGUGAAAUUAUUCGACCGUUUCUCUUUGCGGUUCGCCUGGCCCUAUGGAUCAGUGCAGUAAUCGUCAUGGGUCUUACCGCGUGGUCGGUCACCCAUCUGAAGGGCUACCGGGUCAUCUUCACCUUGGUCAUUGCGGUACUCAGUGUAGUAUUUUAUAUUCCCUCCCUCUUCACUGCAUGCAUGCACCGCAACCGUGGGUAUAUGCUUCCACUUGACAUAGUCUUCUAUGCGCUAUGGCUAUCUGCGUUUAUAUUUGUUGCACAAACCAACUACGGCUUGAAUUAUGAGGAUGGCGGGUGUCGUUUCUAUGUUUGGAGCAUAAACAGUGGUUGCGGGAGGCGAAAUGCCAUCGAGGCAUUUACUUUUCUGUCGUUCUUUUGGACGCUUUGUGGCCUGUGCCUGGAAAUUGCAAACGUUUAUGUACACGGCCGAACUGCGAAUGCGCCCUCAGUUACUCAUCCCGAAAAACCAAUCCACGACGGCCCUGUAUACUCUACUCCAGGUGCUAACGAAGGAGCUCCUACAGCUCCUAAUACGGGGCCAGUACCGGCAACAAAUCAAGAACAAAACGGGGUUUGAAAUAGGCACUAUCCGCCGCCUUCUAACGUUGAGUCCGAGUCUUUGCGCCACGGAGUCGAAAAGUCGUUCCUCGUCCGAAGUUGUUUCCUCGCCUUGCUAUUUAUUUACCUAUUCAAGUUUUCUAUUAUUUUAAAUCGCCCAGUGAAGAAUCCAGAGAGUCUUGG